GAAAAGAAGACAGAUGAACGACGACAAAGGAAAGGUAAAAAACAGAACUAAAGCCGCAAGAUGAAUCUCAAGAUUAGGGCGUCUUCUCUCUCUAUAAGUGGAUUGAAGAGGAAGAUUGGAAGAGAAGGUAGAGAGGUAAACUUCAGAGAAGAUCACAAUGUUGCAGGAAAUUGAAAAUUUCUUGGGAUAUUUGAGAGAUUUUUUGGGUGGUGUAGUGAGAGAAGGCAAGCCCAAAGCCGAAAAGCAAGUUAACGAUCUGUUGGGCCAUUUUACAGAUUCCAAAGUUGAAGAUUUAGUGAGAGAUGGCAAGGUUAAGAGCGAAUUGCUGGCUGACAAAGCUCGGGCCUUGGCAAUUACAUUGGGAUUAGACAAAGUAGAUAGAGACAAAGCAUUGAAGAUAGCCGGUUUGGCAUUUGCUGGAUAUUUGGUGCUCAAGGUGAUGAAAGCUUUCUCUGGAGGCAAGGGUAGUGGCAAGACCAUGAAAGCUCCAGGGAGGCCUUUUCGCAUUCCUCGAAGCCCAUUUGAGAGUAACCCUAGAGGCUAUUUUCGCCAGUUGCACAGUGAUGGUCUAUGAUAUGAGCUAGCAAAUUGCAAAUUUGUGGUGAAAUGAUGUGUCUCGACUUCUAUGUCCAAGAAGGAUGAAGAACCUUAUCCAACUGUUUUGGACUGUUGGUGGCCUUUCUCUGUGCUGGUGUUUCGUUUCACCAUCUAUAGUGUUUUUUACUUCAUAGUGUUGUGCAUGUGAAUGGUGAUAAUGCCUAUUGUGAUGGUUUUGGGGCAUAUGAACCCUUGGCAUUAUGUUGGAUCCGCCACCCAACCCCACGGGUGGAUUCUUUAUCCACUGAUACUUCAAAGUUCUUGUAUUAUGAUACUGCUGGUAUUGUUUUGUUUCAAAGUAUUGCUUAGCUAAAAAUUGAUAUA